AUGGGGUGCUUCCAUUCCACGGCGAAGCGGCAGCACCCUGGCUACGAGGACCCCGUGCACCUCGCCUCCCAGACCGCCUUCAGCGUUAGCGAGGUUGAGGCUCUAUUCGAGCUGUUCAAGAGCAUAAGUGGUUCGGUCAUUGAUGAUGGCCUGAUCAACAAGGAAGAAUUCCAGCUAGCAUUAUUUAAGAAUCAGAGGAAAGAAAAUCUUUUCGCUAAUCGGAUAUUUGACCUUUUCGAUGUCAAGAAAAGGGGUGUCAUUGAUUUUGGUGACUUUGUCCGAGCUCUAAAUGUGUUUCAUCCAAAUAUCCCAAUGGAAGAAAAAAUUGAUUUCUCGUUCAAGCUAUACGAUAUGGAUGGCACAGGGUUUAUUGAACGGAAGGAGGUUAAGCAGAUGUUAAUUGCUCUCCUAGGAGAAUCAGAAAUGAGGCUAUCUGAUGAGAUCAUUGAGACAAUCCUGGAUAAGACAUUUUCAGAUGCUGAUGCAAAUCAGGAUGGGAAAAUAGAUAGAACAGAAUGGGAGAAUUUUGUCACAAGAAAUCCUUCCUUGAUGAAGAUAAUGACUCUGCCAUACCUCAAGGACAUAACAACAACAUUCCCCAGCUUUGUGUUUAACUCCGAAGUCGACGAUCUCGUCACGUGA